AUGAAUUUGGUUGCCUGCCGAGUGAACAUUUUCACUCUCACCAUUGUUCUUUUAGCCUGCCUUAUCGCCCAGUCCUCGGCUUCCCUAGGUGAUCAUCUCCCCGAUUUCAAAGAAUGUGUCGAGGUUUGUAAAACCGAGAAUUGCAAUUCUGGAAACUCAGUGCUACCUCUGCACCACCGCUUGUUAUUAUGGACCUGCCCGGCUGAAUGCGACUAUACCUGUCAACAUGUCAUUACCGACAAGCGAGUUUCUCGUGACCCCCCAAUGUUGAAUCCGAUCGUCCAAUUCCACGGCAAAUGGCCCUUCCGCCGUCUCCUGGGGAUGCAAGAGCCCUUCUCUGUGCUCUUCUCCUUUUUCAACUUUGCCGCUCACUGGCACGGCAUGUCCCGGAUCCAGGAAAAUAUUCCUGCAUGGCACUCGCUCCGGCCAUACUACAUGAUGUUUGGUUAUAUUGGACUGGCUAGUUGGACGUUCAGUAUGCUGUUCCACACUAGGGAUUUUCCUAUCACGGAGAAGCUAGACUAUUGGGCUGCUGGUGCAAGUGUCCUUUUCGGUCUCUACCUGGCCGUAAUCCGGAUUCUGCGUUUAGACCUUGAAUACCCGCAGCACCGCCCCACCUUGCGUCGGCUUUGGACAGUCAUCUGUCUACUUCUGUACACCAUGCAUGUCUCUUAUCUUAGCUUCUGGUCCUGGGAUUACACAUACAACAUGGCAGCCAAUGUUGUGGUCGGUAUCAUCCAGAACCUGCUAUGGACCGGGUUCAGUAUCUUCCGGUAUCAGAAAUACCUCAAGUCUUGGACUGCUUGGCCUGGUAUGAUUGUGGCGUGGAUCAUUCUGGCUAUGAGCUUGGAGUUGCUUGACUUUGCUCCGUGGCAUGGAUUGAUCGACGCGCAUAGUCUCUGGCAUUUGGGUACUGUGGUCCCCACAGCUUGGUGGUAUUCUUUCCUGAUCAAGGAUACGCAAGAUGACAUUGCAAGCCACAGACUCAAGGCGUAG